AUGGGCGUGCCGCUUGGCAGCCGGCCAAGUGCCGCCGUCGAUUCCGCGUCUCCGCACACGCGGUUCGCAGCCGACGCGCAGGCGGUGGAGAGCGUCGUUGUGACGUCGUCUUUUCAAAAACAAAGCGACGACAACGAUGAAAAAGUCCAUUACAAGUGUGAUAAUGUGAAGAACAUUUGGCAAUGUUCCAAAGUAAGCAAGAAUGUGGUGUCCAGGCAAGAGAAAUUCGCAAAAAAUCAGCUGUCGCCGGCGUGCACAGGAAAUCGAUAA